AUGAGAGCGCUGCUGUGCCUGAGUGUUCUAGCCUUUGAAGCGGCCAUGCUUUGUGCCAGUCCCAUAGAAAACACCAUGAACGGGCUUGUGACAGAGACCUUGAUACUGCUCUCUACUCAUGAAAUGCUGCUCAUAGGCAAUGAGACCCUGAGCAUCCCUGCUCCUGAACACAAAAAUCACCAACUAUGCAUUCAAGAAGUCUUUCAGGGGAUAGACACAUUGAAGAAUCAAACAGUACAAGGAGGUGCUGUGGAAAAACUAUUCCAAAACUUGUCUUUAAUAAAAAAACAUAUAGACCUUCAAAAAAAAAAGUGUACAGGAGAAAGAUGGAAAGCAAAGAAAUUCCUCAACUAUCUGCAAGAAAUUCUUGGUGUAAUAAACACUGAGUGGGCAAUGGAAAGUUGA